CUGUUUCCGCUUCUAUUCCCACACAGUCACCGUUUGAUGCAUGCUGACUUUUGAUCUCUACCUUACGUUUCUCAUAGAUCUUGAUCUCGACCUUACAUUUUUAUGCACCAUCUUUUUUCUUUUCACCUUCUCGAUCGGGUGGCGGCUAGGCUAGGGCCCCGUCGUUUCUCUAGAGGCUGGAGAAUCUGGGGUCAGAUCCAAAAAUUUCACUAGUCCUUCCCUCUCCGGUCGUUUAUGAUGUUUCUUCCCCAUCGUUGAUCAUUUGCAAGUACACAUACUCAAAAUUCUAAAACCCCAUAAAUCCAUAAGACCACCACUAAGUCGCUCCUUCUUCUCAUGGCCCAUCGAACAUUCAUAGAAAUUCUCAAUCCACCAACUCUAAGUGGUCAGGAGAUCAAAGCGCUCAGAGGAGAAUAUGGUAUGUGCAAAGUAUACAAAGGAAUGGACAAGUUUAAUUACGGGCGAUCUCAACAACAGAUUUGAGAAAUAUAAAGAGAAAUAUAAUUAGUUCUGAGAGAUUUUUUGGCAAGUGUCUAUGCAAAACAAAAUCCCUCUUGCUUGUUAGCUGCAACGAAGUAACGCCGACCCAAAUCGAUGGCAGCGGAGUAUUUGUCUAACAUGAUUAGCGAUGAUAAAAAACAUAUUAAAAUCUCCAACCGUAGAACACUUGUUGAAUACAAAUAUCAUAAAUAAUAAAAUAAAUGAAAUACGUGUAAUGUGUUAUUAGUGAUUGGUCGUCUGGACUUGUGCUUUGGGAUUGACCCGUUGCUAAGGCCCAAUAGGUUAUUGAGAUAGGCUUUUACCUUUUCACUAAUUGUCUUCCAUCUUUGACUAGUAAGGUCAUGUACCUGUUAAGGAUCAAUCACAAGAUAGUAAAUAGCAAGGAGAAGAACACGUACACAUUAUUUUUUGUUAACCUAGUUCAUCCUAUUUCUUACGUCUCGUCUCAAAGGUGGCUCACCCAUUGAAACCUAGUAUCUAUGUUUUUCUCUUAUUCCGUUGUAACUCCAAGUUGAGUCGCUUUGAGCGGCUCAAACCAUUGACAAGAAUAAAAAAAAAAUAUACCCCUUUCUCUCUUCCUCAUAAAUAGAGAAACUACACAACCUGACAAACACUCAAGUAAUACAAAUAGUAAACACCUAUCACUUCUUACACAUAGUGCAAAUCACAUAGUGUUUGAUCUUGCUUUGUGUAUGAUUGCUUCUUACACUUAUUGUUUCCUUUUGUUUAUACUUCGUAUUGUAUUGGUGCAACGGCCUCCUCUUGAUCUUCCUUUGACUUGGGAGAUUGAUGGAGGCACACCUAGGAGUCAAGGGUAUUUUAGUAAGUAUAGUCGCGUACGUCAAUUAGGAUUUAAUGUUGGACUCUAUAUAAUGUCGUUUAACUAUUUCGUUAGGAUAAUGAAUAAACAAAUUAUCAAGGUAUUAUCAUAUUAUCUCACUCUUCAAUCCCUAAUUUCUAUUAUGUUAUUCUCCAACUCCCAAAAUAUCAUUUUAUCAAUCUUGGAUCCAAUCCCCUCUACCCUUCAUCUAUUCAUCAGAUGAUAUUAGAGCGGCUUCAAUCCGCGGAUCACUUAGCUCAAAUAUUUGAGUCGUUCAUGCGCAAGUUGGGGGAGCAUGUAGCACGUGUUGCACGUUUGGGAGAGGUGGGAGCUCCGCUUGGUCCAACCAACUGCGCUGACUCCUAUGCCGGUGGUGCCAGCCCCCAACCACAAAGCCCCAAAGAUCCAAGAGGUAUUCCCAGCUCAAUCUCGCCCGCCAUUAUUGUCGAUUCUGGCCAAGGACACACCGACAACCUUCGAUAGCCACACUCUUGUCCUCAAUGAGAGUCAGCAAUCAAAGCAUCACCUACAGUUGUAGCACCGUAAGCCGCUGCUGCCGAAGAGGGUUCCACGCCAUCCAUGCCCUAUGCGGUCACGUUGUAUGCCGGUGCUCUCCACCAGCCUACUUAGUGCCACCAGAACCAAUGGGAGAGCAAAAUUUUGCUCCGCAACCAUCCUCCGUUACUCUGAUUGUAGUCUCCUCCAACAAAACGUCAGCCAAGGACCAUAAUGUUCGAGCUGGCCAUUAUUCGAGGGAGAAGGUUACCAUACGGUGAGACUCAGAACCAGGUAAGUUUAAUGUGGUACCCUUACACCACCAUUUGAUGUCGUUGAUGAAGUUCUGCACAUGCUUCUUGAUAUGAGCAUGCAAAAGAAAAACAUUACUGGGUCACGUUAUUCUUUCCUACAAGCCAAGCUGAAUCCGAUGGGAUGAAGUGAUAUGAUGAUGGGUGUUGAGAUGACUUGAAUCAGACUAUCUGUGAAUAGUGGAAGUCACGGGAUUCUGUUCUAGGCCUCACUUAAUACAUUAUUCUUCACCAUGUUCGAUUAGGGUUAGACCACAUGGAGAAGUACUAACUCAUGCUCCUACUCGUGGACUACUUAACACACUUCGUGCUAGUCAACCACGUAAAUCAUUGUAUCUUGUUUAAUUUCUUGAGUUCAUUUUCUUGCUUUGUCGAUCCUCCAAUUUUCCGAUAUGUAGAAACAGUCACGACAAAGUGGUACCAGAGUGUCAUGUUGGAAAUCAGGUUAGGGUUUCGAGAUUGAAGAAUUACGUUAGUGAAUAUGAAGAUCGAAAAGUUUGGAAGAACAGUUUCGGUAUAUGACAGAUUAAGAUGCAGCCACUAUUGAAACAACAAGGGUUUUAGGGCCGCUAUAUUGGAACAUAAAAAGAUAGGGGUCGAUGACGAUGAGUGGAGUACCCUGGAGGAGAAGGCCAAAUCAACUAUCAUGCUUUCUGUAAUAUCCUGAUAUCUAAAACAUUCGAAUAAUAGUUUUGCUUCGGAGCAUAUUUAAAAUUUUGAAAGAAAGGAAAUAAUAAUGUGCUCAAAAUACUAAUACUGAUAAAUAAAUUCUUAUAACUCAAAAGCAAAGUCCUAAAAAUUGGGUAAACCUCAAUCCAUAAAGUCUUAACACUACAACAAUUUUGGGAUAUUAUGACAACGACAUUCGUCAAAACAGAGCAAGAUUUUUUCAUAAUAGAUCUAUUAUGACAAAAUAAUUGGUCAUACCGUUGGUCAAAACUACCUCGUCGAAAUAGCUCUAUUAUGACAAAAAAUAGGCUUCUUGUCACAACAUGUUCCAGUGGCACGCCGUGCACAUUUUGUCAUAACAAGCAUCCUGUUAUGAAAAAAUGUUUUGUUAAAAUAUAUAAAUGCUUCGUCACAAUAUGUUCUUAAUUUUUGUCAAGAUAGUUACCACUUUUGCUACAUUGUCGUGACAAAUGUAUAGUUUGUCAUAGCAAACCUAUUUUGACAAGACCAUGUGAUUGUCAUAAUAUUCAAAUUCAGACUCCACCUGACAUUUGUUCUGAUGAAACUUGUUUCUCAUAACCUUAUGCAUAUAUGACAACCUGUGGGCAGUAUUAUGAUAACCUAUUUUCCAAAUCUGAUGCUAUUCAUACCAUUAAGAAAAAGGUACAUCAUUCAAAUGUAUCAAAAGCUACAUCAUUCAUUCCCGAAAUCAAAAGCUACAUCAUUCAUAGUUACAAUCUGUUCCAAAAAUCUACUGAUCCAUCCAUCUAGACACCAAAACAAAGUCUUCCAAAGCUACAUCUAUUCGACUUUCAAAAGAGAGUACUAAAUAACAAAAGCUAACAGUCUUCCAAAGGUACUAAUACUCAUGAUGUGGUCCUUGAGCAUCCAAAAUGCAUACCUACUGCCAUAUAACUGGGCAUCUGCGUAAUACAACGAUGAUAGUUUAAGUAAAACUUAUGGAAUAAAAUUCAAUUGAGUAG